AUCAACACAUGCACAAGUUGACGGUAAAACGGCGCAGUCCUUUCAUUUAUAAACCAGCGGGAAUGCCUAAUGGAGCCGCAGGCACCCCUCCAGCGGUCUGGACAGAGACUUGGUUCACUUUACGCCGUCUGUUUCUGAACUUUUCACAGCAAUAACACUAUGGACCCGCCAUGGACUGACAUCGGCGCUCCGAUACGGCAUGCAAAUACGUACUCUGACGUCGGCGAUCAUGUGGUUUUUGGCGUAGAUCCUCCUUGUGAUCGCCAAUUUUUUUCUUUCCUGUCGCCUGUUGUCUGCUCGGUUAUCGGACCGCCGCGAGACUGCUUGAAGCGGAUUUGGCUUAUUUCUGGGUCUAGCAGUCGCUUCGGGGUCGUGCGCACUACCUGAGCAUCGCGCCAAAACGGUGGGCAGGUAGCAUCCUGUCAUGCAGUUCCAAGAGGUCCGCCAGCCCCUGAGCUGACACUGUCAGCGAGCCUGGCCUAUACUACACCACAAUAGUCCCAUCUCCACCAGACCUUCAAUUACUCUCGCUCCAGCCACCAAUCUUACCCCUGGGGGUGACUGGUCAUCAGGCACCCAUCCCAGAAACUCGGUACCUGUCCUAUUAAAAAAGAGAGCCCAGUUCUGUAUCUGGGUCCCAGUACGAGCCAGGCUUUCUGGCUAUCCUUAGGUACCUGAAACUGAUUAUCCACCCACCCCUCUGUGAUAGUAGUCCUGCCUUCUGCACCCUGGGCCCCUUAGCAUUCUUUAUAUCAUCACGGGCCAAUCACAGGCACCAACUGAGGGCAGCUGUCCACUCGGACAAACCCAGGAUCCAUCAUCAUGUCAAGUCGACGGAAGGCCUCCACUCCGUUAAUGAUCCGACCAGAGCAGACCAUGGUGGAGCUGGAUGAUGACACUGAGGAUGACAUGGAGACAACAAUGGAGAACCAUGCCGAGGAGGGACCUAUGGAAACAUGUCUCUCAACAGAGGCAGAGCCCUCUGUAGAAAUGGACCUGAUGGGCAAGGCCUUGGACCCUCCUACGGCUCCAGACAAACCAGCCACCGAGCCACCAGACCUCUCCAAGCCUCAGCGCAGACAACAGGGGGGCUACGAGUGUAAAUACUGCCCCUUCUCCACACAGAACCUCAACACUUUCAAAGAACACGUGGACACCAACCACCCUAACGUCAUCCUCAACCCCCUGUACCUGUGUGCCGUCUGCAACUUCAACACAAAGAAGUUUGACACCCUGACAGAACACAACGAGAGGUGUCACCCAGGGGAGAGCAACUUCAAAUUCAAACGCAUCAAAAUGAACAAUCAGACGAUCUUAGAACAGACAAUUGAGGGGUGCAGUAACAAUGCAGUCAUUUACAACACCUCCUGUGCCAUUUCUGGCAAAGGGGACGAACAAGGCUCUCUGCCACUCAGCAAGCCCACCACAGUCAAGAUCGGUAAACCGAAAAUAAUGUCCGAUAAUAAACGGACAGAUCUGGCCAAGAAACCAAUCACAGCGGUCAACGUGAACGGGACGGUCAUCAUCCCUGAGUCGACUCUACUCAAAGCAGAAGGUCUUUCUCACAUCAUGCCUUCCCUCCAGCGGCCUCUAAACUAUACUCAGGUGCCGAAGAUCGCAGUGCCCCUCAACACAAGCAAAUACAACCCUUCGCUGGACGACAACCUGACGCUCAUCUCUUCCUUUAACAACUUCCCCUACCCAACACAGGCUGAGCUGUCCUGGCUCACCGCAGCCUCCAAACACCCCGAGGAGCAAAUCAAAGUCUGGUUCACCACACAGAGGCUCAAACAGGGCAUUAGCUGGUCACCUGAGGAGGUGGAAGAAGCCAGGAAGAAAAUGUUCAACGGUACGAUCUCCUCCAUGCCUCACACCUUCACCGUGGUAGCUUCUCAGCUCAACUCCCAGCCAUGCAACCCGUCUGCCCCCACCGCCGCCUCCAAAGCCAUGCAGUCGGCAGCCUCCGUCCUGCAGUCCCUCCCCUGUCACCUGCUGGGACAGACCAGCCUCGUGCUGACUCCUGUAGCUAACGGCUCCACGGUCACGUGUGCACCGCUGGCACUCACCGUGGCUAACCAGGUGGCACAGUCGCUCAAACGACCUCUGGCCUCCCCUGUGAUCACCACGGAGACCAAACGGCCCUCCAUCAUUCAAAACAUCUCUGCGCCCAUGGCCACAUCCAAGCUGGCAUCACCCAAAGUGCUGAGUUUUACAGUCGAUCCCAACAAAACGGACGAGCAGCUAUCAGUACUGAGGUCCAGCUACACACAGUGUCCUUUCCCCGAGGAAGAUGAGAUCUACAGGCUGAUAGAGACCACUGGGCUGUCCAGAGGAGAGAUAAAGAAGUGGUUCAGUGAACAGAGGCUCCUUAAUCUGAAAGGUGUUCCUCCGCCUCCAGUGUUGGUGAAAGCAGAGGUGACACCAGCACCUAAAGACGGUCCUGUAAAGAAAGCGGUCCCCAGCCAUUUUCCCCUGCUGGAGAGGGUGAAGGGGAAGUCGUCAGAACAGUUAAAAGCGCUGGAGGAGAGCUUUCAGAGAAGCGGCACUCCGACAGAGGCAGUGCUAGACCAGCUGGCCCAGGAGACCAGGCUGUCCAAGACGGAGGUGGACUGCUGGUUUUCCGAGCGCAGGGCGCUGAGGGACAACAUGGAGAAGGCUUUACUCUCCAUGUCUGCAAAGAGCACAGAGGAGCGAGCGGAGCGGCCGGGAGCGCUGCUGAACGGUGCUUCACACGGAGGGAAACCUCUACGCUGCUCUCCUCAGCCACCUGUCCUGUCCUCUUCAUCCUCCUCCUCCCCUCCUGUGCUCGCAGCCUCCUCCCCCCAUCCACCAACCCUCUCCUCCUCCUCGGCAUCUCCUCCCAUCCUCACUUCCUCCUCCUCUUCUCCCCAUCCUCCCAUCCUGUUGGCCUCCACCAGCCCGGCUCCCAUUACCAGCCGCUCGCUCAGCCUGCUCAGAGAGACAUUCUGUCGGACUCAGUGGCCAUCUCCCGAGGAGUACAGCCAGCUGGAGGUCCAGACGAGCCUUGGGCGCACCGACAUUGUCCGCUGGUUCAAGGACCACCGCUCGGCACUGAAGAACGGUGAAACUCUGGACUGGAUGGAAAGUUUCCAAAACCUUGUAGAGGAGCAGAAGGCAGGCAAGGAACAGAACGGCAAGAGUCCUGAGAAAAAACAGUGUGUUUCCCUGGAAGUCACAGCUGGGAAAGUCGUUGCAGUGGGUGCAGUGGGGGAGGCCGUUGAGAACACAGCAGCUGCUGCAGAGCACUCCAAGCUGCCCGACCAAGACAAAGUCCAGCGGCUGACUGACAGAUUAGCCCACAGCGUGACAGACCUGAGCCGGACCAGACCGGACCAGACCAGCUCGAGCGCUGCUGACAAAGGGAGGUGGGUAAAGGUGACUGUGGCAGUGGGGGAGGAGAGUGAAGCGGGAGUGGAAAGACCGAGGCUGGCAACAGACACAGACGUUCUGAGCUUGGAGCAACCUGGGAGGGUCAUUGGUUGACGGUCGAGUAAAAACAUUGACUGCUGAGUCACCGACCAUCAUGCGACGACUCAAGAUGUGGACUCAGUAAUGUAACUGUCUGCCUGUGAUGUCAUCACAAAGCGCCAGGGACAUUGGAGUUCCAAUAUUAAAGCACUGACUGAUGUGUGCUGCAGAUGCUGACAUUAAGAGGAGUGCCAAAGCUGGACUUGAUGCAUUGUUCUUACUACUGUUACUUUUUUUUUUUUUAAAGCAGCACCCUUGUAAAUAUUUUUCUGUAUUACAAAAAAAAAAGUUUGUACAGUUUUAUUGGAGGGCAAGUUUUGAUAAUUUUUUUUAAAAAGAAUAUUCAUGACCGGUGCCCCGAAACCUGGAAUGUCUUGUUGUUGUGUUGUUUUAAGAUCAAAGUGUAUUAUAGUGUGUUAUACGCUGAAAAUCAGCCCUAUUUUUUUGGAAAAAUCAUACCUGUGCACUACUCAUUAUGAGUAGUCUUGGAGGGCACGUGCAUAAUAUAUUCCUGUGGUAGUGAUAGAUAAUUACAUCUCAAACUGUUUUCAAACUUUUCCUUUUCUCCUGCAGCGUUGACUCGCACUUGCAUACAAUUAUGCUGAUGAAGGUGAAAAUCACUCUGAGGUGCUCGAGACACAUCUAAAAGGAGCGACGGUGUUUGACAUAACAUGUAUCGAGAUGAUUAAUCACAUAGAGAAGAGAGUGGAGUGUCCGUUUGAUCGCACCAUGCUGCCUUUUCUGCUCUCUUUACAGACAUUUGCCGUCUGCUUCAGAACUGGGUACAGUACGGACCGGUUCCAGUGAUUUCAGCUUUUCACUUCUUUGUU